UGGUCUGUGGGUUGUUGGAGAUGAGAUCAGCGGUGAUGGCGAUGAAGCAGCGAAAGUGACUAGUAAACGAAUCAUCGUGGAUGUAAGAGACGAGGAUAUAGGUCCACUCUCAGUGCACAGCAAUGAAGAUGUGGACGUGCAGGUGGACGUCAAAAUCAGCGUUGCUGCGGAGGACGCGUUUGUCAAUGACGGUAGCCAUUCUGAAAAAACCCUAAACCCUGAUCAAUCGAGUGACGAUGGGGGUGAGCUCACUCUGCGCUUCACCCACGACACCGCUGCGUCGGCUACUGCAACCGCCUGUUAUCAUGUCCAUGCGUUAACAUAUCACGAGAUGAUGCUCUCCUGUCAUACCGUGGCUAUUGGUAGGACUUACAUAAAGCAGCUCUUGUGCGCACACACGAAUACAUCUACACCCGUCGGUACUCUCAGACACACACCCGCUUAUGCAACCAACCCGACAGGCACAGACACCGAACCCAAUGAUCACCACACCGCAGCAGAUGCGAGUACAGGCGAUAUGCCCCGCACCCUCAGAGAAAGUGGUGGUGGACAGGUGGGUACCGGAGGGGAGGCGGAUGCCUAUGCCUAUACAGAACGGGACAGAAAAGAGGGCCUCGAGUCCCAUGCCGAGACGAUUGAGGACACAGCACCUCCAGGUGAUACGGGGGACUGGACGGGUGCAAAUGCGAACCGUGGGGGUGCACAUGGUAUACAUACAGCCACACACGCACGUGCACGUGCCGAGAUAGGCACGGGUACUGAGCCUGAUAGAGGUAGCCGAGAGAAUGCCGUUGCUGACUGCAAUACGAAUCUAGGUGAAGUGGAGACAGAAAGAACUGGUAAAGAGAAAGGGGGGAUGAGAGAGGAUAGGGCGAUGACUGACAACCCGACAGUGCAUGGAGAGGGUAGUACGGGUAACAGGCCACAGGUUAACGUAAAUUCCUGGUUGAAGAAGUGGCAGAAGAAGCAUGCGGGUGCUGAGGAGGCUAGUGAUCUCGACGGGUUGAGUAUAGGAGUCAGAGAGAGGGCAGAGACAGAUGGUACAGAUACUGAGAUAGAUGGUUCAAAUGCCGAGACAGGUGAUAAAAAUUUUGAUGCAAAUUCUGAGACAGUUGGUUCAAAUUCUGAGACAGGUGGUACAAAUUCUGAGACAAUUGGUUCAAAUUCUGAGACAGUUGGUUCAAAUUCUGAGACAGUUGGUUCAAAUUCCGAGACAGUUGGUUCAAAUUCUGAGACAGGCGGUACACAUUCUGAGACACGCGGUACAAAUUUCAAGAGCUCGGGUGCAGAAUUGGGGAUGUUCGGUGCAGAUACCCAGACUGUACGUAUGGAUUCUAUGGAGGGGCAAGUGAAGGAUCAUGAGGAAGUGGGGCGUGCACAGGUGACGGUGGAUCUAGCGGUGGGUGCUAUACGCCAAACGACAGACAGCCGUAUGGGGGGAGACGGCUCGCGCUCAGACACGGCUACAACGACGGCAGACGAGAUGCACGAGCAUACACACACACAGGGAAGAACACACAGCCACACUCAGGGACACACAGAGGCACAGACAGAGGUGUAUGGCGGGGGAGGGGUGCACGCACAGCCCACGGACACCUUGCCGAAGGGGCUGGGGAGAAGCACUGUGGCAGGUAAGAGUGAGGUGAGUGAAGGAGAUGGGAUCGAGUAUAGGGGUGCGGAUGAGACGCUCAAGACGGGGGGGAUGCUGGAGGAUGUAGGGGCCAAUGUAGGGGCCAAGGUAAGAGAGGACGUACUGGAGAAUGAGGACGACGCCGAGUACACGCGAGAAGUGCAAGUAGAUGCGCAACAAGAGAUGGGCACGGCUGGAAGCAGUAACGAUCAAACGGCACACAAUGAGAAGAGUAGAGAUGUUAUAUACGAAAUCAAUGGGGAAACACGCAGGAAGAACUGCACUGG